AUGUCCAUGCUCGCUUGGGUUCACAAGGAGCUCGAGUUCGUGAGCUGUUGCGCGAUGAGCACAAUGAUCAACGCCCACCAGCCCGCUCGAGGUCCAACACGCGACGACAAGCUGUGGAGGGAUCUUACCAAACUCAACCUUCUCUCCUGCCCUAUGGGCAGGGCAACCAAGGGGAUCGACCCUUGGGAGCUGGAGAAGAAGUUAGCCAAUCACGCUCGAGGCACCGAAGACGUCGACCUGAAUGACCUUCCUUGCGAGCAGAGGAUGACUAUUGACGCCCACCAGCCCGCUCGAGGACCAACACGCGGUGACAAGCUGCAGAGGAAUCCUCACAAGCUCAAUCUCCUAAUCUACCCCACGGGCAGGGCACCCAAGGGGAUCGACCCUUGGGAACCGAGGAAGAAGUUAGCCAGUCGCGCUCGAGGCACCGAAGAUGUUGGCCCGAGACUCCAACUUUGUGAGCAGAGGAUGUCGAGAAACUAG